AUGUCGACCACACAAUCUGCUGAGCACAGCACAUCGCCAACGGUAGAGUCACAAGCAGGCCAACCUCAUCACGAUGAUGAAAAGAACAGUCGUCUCGAUUCUGGCAUGCCCGAUGGCGGUUUGACGGCGUGGUUGCAGGUUGCUGGCUGUUUCAUUCUAUUUUUCAACACAUGGGGCAUGGCCAACACAUUCGGCGUCUUCCAGACAUAUUACAGCCGCGAACUGCUCGCAGACAUGUCCCCAUCAGCCAUCUCCUGGAUCGGCUCGAUCCAAGGCUUCUUCUUGCUCGUUGUUGGCGUCGUGACCGGGCCUUUGUACGACGCAGGACACCUACGACUACUCCUGAUAUCCGGCACGGCCCUUGUCUUCCUGGGGCUCAUGAUGCUUAGCCUCUGCACUACAUACUGGCAGGUCCUUCUCUCGCAAGGCGUGUGUGUGGGAAUCGGCACGGGCUUUCUGUAUAUUCCCGCCCUCGCCCUGAUACCGCAGUACUUUGAGAAACACCGCGCGAUCGCCACGGGCGUAGUCACAUCGGGCAGCAGUCUCGGCGGCGUGAUCUACUCGCUCGUGUUCCAGCGCCUGGUCAUGAUGCUCGGCUUCGCCUGGGCCGUCCGCAUCAUAGCCUUCAUCGCGCUGGCCGUCCUGUUGUUCUCCCUUGCCGUCCUGCGGCGCCGCACGGCGGGCAUCGCCGGCCCUGUGCGCACCCUGCUCGACAGGUCCGCCUUCCAUGAGCGGCCCUAUGUGCUGUACUGUCUAGCCAUGUGGCUUAGCUACGUGGGCUUCUGGGUCCCCGUGUUCUACCUGCAGCCGUACGCGCUCACGCACGGUAUGCAGCGGGCAGACAACCUCGCGCUGUACCUCAACGCCAUCUACAACUCGGGCUCUGUCCCGGGCCGCCUCCUGCCGUCGCUGCUCGCGCGCAAGAUCGGCCCCGUCCAGACCCUCUUCCUAAGCUGCGCGCUCACGGGCGUCGCCGUGUUCAGCUGGAUCGGCACGACCACGGCGUGGGGCAACAUCACCUUUGCCGUGGCCAUGGGCUUCUUCUCGGGCGGCAUGGUCGCGCUGCCCGCGGUCACGCUCGCGUCCAUCACCAGGGACCUGAGCAGGAUCGGGACGAGGCUGGGCAUGUCGAGCCUGCUGAACGCGUUUGGCUCGCUCAUCGGACCCCCCGCCGCCGGGGCGAUCCUGGACCGCGCGGGAGGGGACUACAUCCCGGUGCAGGUGUUUGCGGGUGUCGCGGUCAUUGCGUGUUCCGUGGUCCUCGUGGCGUUGAGGGUCUCGGUCACGGGGAGGAAGUGGAUUGCUGCUGCAUGA